GGGGAGCACAGUCAGCUGAGCAGCGGCCAUUUUGUGUGUCCGUGUCCGGUGACAGCAGGCUCCGGUGGGAACCGGUUGGGUUUUCGGACAUGGCGCUUCGCAUGGUGAAAGGCAGCAUUGACCGUAUGUUUGACAAGAACCUGCAGGACUUAGUCAGAGGGAUUAGAAACCACAAGGAGGAUGAGGCAAAAUAUAUAUCUCAUUGCAUUGAUGAAAUCAAACAGGAGCUCAAGCAAGAUAACAUAGCAGUUAAAGCCAACGCAGUCUGCAAGCUUACAUAUUUACAAAUGCUGGGGUAUGACAUUAGCUGGGCUGCUUUUAAUAUCAUUGAAGUCAUGAGUGCCUCAAAGUUUACAUUCAAGAGAAUAGGAUAUCUGGCUGCUUCACAGUGCUUUCAUGAGGGGACAGAUGUUAUUAUGCUGACUACAAACCAGAUCCGUAAGGAUCUGAGUAGCCCAACUCAGUAUGAUACAGGUGUUGCCUUGACUGGUUUGUCCUGCUUUGUCACUCCUGAUCUUGCAAGGGAUUUGGCUAAUGACAUCAUGACACUGAUGUCCCACACCAAGCCUUACAUAAGAAAGAAGUCUGUUUUGAUUAUGUACAAAGUAUUUCUGAAGUAUCCAGAGUCCCUUCGUCCUGCCUUUCCCCGUCUGAAAGAGAAGCUGGAGGAUCCUGAUCCAGGAGUCCAGUCUGCAGCAGUGAAUGUGAUCUGUGAGUUAGCUCGUCGGAAUCCUAAAAACUACUUAUCUUUGGCACCUCUUUUCUUCAAACUUAUGACCUCAUCUACUAACAACUGGGUCUUAAUUAAGAUAAUCAAACUGUUUGGAGCACUCACUCCCCUGGAGCCUAGACUGGGGAAGAAAUUGAUUGAGCCCCUAACCAACUUGAUACACAGCACAUCUGCAAUGUCGCUCCUUUAUGAAUGUGUGAACACUGUAAUAGCAGUUUUGAUAUCGCUUUCAUCUGGAAUGCCCAAUCACAGCGCCAGUAUUCAGCUCUGUGUUCAGAAGCUGCGGAUUUUGAUUGAAGACUCAGACCAGAAUUUGAAGUAUCUUGGAUUACUGGCCAUGUCCAAGAUCCUGAAGACUCACCCCAAGUCUGUGCAAUCCCACAAGGAUCUCAUUCUGCAGUGUCUGGACGACAAGGAUGAGUCAAUCAGGCUGCGUGCACUGGAUCUCCUCUAUGGAAUGGUUUCAAAGAAGAACCUGAUGGAAAUUGUCAAGAAGUUGAUGAUCCAUGUGGACAAAGCAGAGGGCACAGCAUACAGGGAUGAACUGCUGACCAAGAUUAUUGACAUCUGCAGCCAGUCAAACUACCAGUACAUCACAAACUUUGAGUGGUACAUUAGUAUCCUGGUGGAGCUGACUCGUCUAGAGGGAACUCGCCAUGGCCACUUGAUUGCCGCUCAAAUGUUGGAUGUAGCCAUCCGAGUGAAAGCCAUACGCAGCUUUGCUGUAUCCCAGAUGGCCACACUUCUAGACAAUGCUCACCUUCUGGCCAGCAACACUCAGCGGAAUGGCAUAUGUGAGGUCCUUUAUGCAGCAGCAUGGAUUUGUGGCGAGUUUUCAGAACACUUGCCAGAGGCACAACAGACUAUGGAAGCCAUGCUUAGGUCGAAGGUCACCACACUACCGGGGCACAUACAGGCGGUGUACGUGCAGAACGUGGUGAAACUCUACUCCUGUAUCUUGCAGCGCAAGGAGCAGGAAGGCGAUAAAGCUGCAGCACAAGAGAUUACUCAGCUCAUGAUUGACCGGUUGCCUCAGUUUGUGCAGAGUGCUGAUCUGGAAGUCCAGGAGAGGGCAUCCUGCAUAUUGCAUCUAAUAAAGUAUAUCCAAAAGCUUCAGUCCAAGGAGGUCCUAGUUGCAGAGGAAGUGAUGGCACUUUUUGCUGGGGAGUUGAACCCCGUGGCUCCUAAAGCUCAGAAGAAAGUCCCUAUACCUGAUGGUUUAGACUUGGAUGCUUGGAUCAAUGAGCCCCCAUCAGACAGUGAAUCAGAAGAUGAAAAACCAAAAUCAAUUUUCCAGGAGGAGAAGCAAACCCACGGCAAGUCGUCCAGACCAGAGAUAGAUGAGGAUGAGCUAGCAAGGAGGAGAGCUGUAAGAAAGGAAGAGCAAGCCAAUAACCCAUUCUAUAUCAAGAGUUCUCCUUCCCCUCAGAAGCUUUACCAAGAUUCCACCGGAGUUGAUCACAUCCCUGUUGUUCAGAUUGAUCUAUCUGUUCCCCUCAAAGUGCCAGGACUUCCCAUGUCAGACCAGUAUGUGAAACUGGAGGAGGAAAGGCGUAGCAAACAACGCCAGGAGAAGGAUAAGAAGCGUAAAAAGGAGAAAGAUAAGAAAGGAGGAAAGACACGGAGGCACCGGUCGCUUCACACUGAGAGUGAUGAAGACAUUACCCCUGCCCACCAUGUGGACAUAAUCACAGAAGAGAUGCCAGAGAAUGCUCUUCCUAGUGAUGAUGAUGAUAAGGACCCAAAUGAUCCAUACAGAGCUUUGGAUAUAGACUUGGAUAAACCACUAGCAGAUACAGAGAAGCUUCCAGUCCAGAAACACAGAAAUACGGACACACUGAAAUCUCCUGAGAAUGAAGUCUCCACAUUAGACUCAAAGAUCAAAAAGUCUAGUAAGAAAGAGAAGAAGCAUCUGGAGGCAGAAAGAGUGAAAAAGAAAGAAAAGAAGAAAAGCAAAGAGAAAGAAGAGAAAAAAAAACACAAGAAAUCCACGUCCACCGCAAUCGUAGAUGAGGAUGCACCUGAGAAUACACCUGAGAAGGAAGAGAGCAGGGUAGAAGAGAAAACAGCAGAUGCUCCGUCUGAUGACAUGGAAUUCUGGUUAACCAGCUCCCAGUCACUUCCAGAGGUUAAGAGCCAGCCUGCAGUAACCACUGGUGUUGAGGAGCACAAGAAGGAAGAGAUUGCAGGGGAAGAAGAGGAGGAAAAGAAAUCACACAGACACAAGAAAAAGCAUAAGAAAGAAAAAGAUGAGGCAAAAGAGGACAAGAAAUCACGAAAAAAGAAGCAUCAUCAUCAUCAUCGACACUCACAUGCAGAGGAGGAGCAAACACAAUCCGUACAAAAUGGAACCAUAGAUGAAGAGGAGCCCUUGCCGCCAAUGUCCAGUUACUGCAUUCUGGCUGAGGAUUCGUACAUCAAAAUGAUGUACGAUAUCCAGGGAGAUCUGCAGAAGGAGAGUCAGGUCACAGUCUCAAUCAUUCUUGAGAAUCAGAGUCAGAGAUUUUUGAAAAAUAUGGAGUUUAAUGUGUUAGAUUCACUCAACACCAAAAUGCUGAGGCCGGAGGGAUCGUCAGUGCAUGAUGGAAUCCAAGUGCCCUUCCAGCUGCCACCAGGUGUAUCCAAUGAAGCUAAGUUUGUUUUUACAGUCCAAAGUAUUGUUAUGCCCCAAAAGCUAAAAGGAACAUUAUCCUUUAUUGCUAAGGAUGAGGAAGGAUCUUCACAUGAGAAGUUAGAUUUCAAACUACACUUCAGCUGCUCCUCCUAUUUAAUUAUGACUCCUUGCUACAGUGAUGCAUUUGCUAAGCUGCUGGAAUCUGGAGAUCUGAAGAUGAGCUCACUAAAGGUAGAAGGCACAAGCCUCUCUUUCCAGCACCUUCUUGCAAAAAUUUGUUUCUACCACCACUUCACAGUGGUUGAGCGAGUUGAUUCCUGUGCAUCGAUGUACAGCCGGUCAAUCCAAAGUCAUCAUGUCUGCCUUCUUGUGAAAAUGGGCGACAAGUCAAUAUCCAUUGAUGGGAAAUGCAAUGAUGCCUCUCUCCUCAGCAGCCUUCUCAGUGAAAUAAAAGCAACACUGACAGAAUCUUGAGUGUGUGGCGGGAACUUUUCACUACCUGUUUUCCCAAGUUUCCUUUCUGCUUCCCUCUGAAAGACACACUAAAACAGAAUGGAAAGUGAGGAGGUCCAGUCGCUCCCCAGUAUUCCCUCAGAACCAUAUGCGCAUGUUCUCCUAAACUCCAUGGGGGUCAAAUUUUAUGCUGUCAGUUGGAUGUGAAAACAAGUUACUUUUUGCAGGUUUUUUUAUCAUGUCAUUUAUUUUUAAUAUUACCAAAUCUUAAUCCUGCACAGUCAGAAGAUAUUUUUUGGGGGGUUUAAACAUGUUCUCUUAUUGCAAUGCUUGAUUUGUUUCUGAGCCUCUCCUUUGCUGGGAAUUUGAUAUAAAAAAAUAACCUUGAUACAAGUC